CUUGGAGCAGUGCAUGGGCAAUUCAGUGGGAGCGAGCUAGGUGACUUUGCAAGUCUCUUCAAGGUUAAGUGGAAGGAACCUGAAGUUAGGUUUGCGUGUAUGAGCAGGCGAGAGAAGUGGAAUAAUGAGUUAGGACACUGAGUCGGAGACUCCCUCAUGAGGUGGGGUUAGGCCCACUUAGUGGAGACGUUGGAGGGCUCUCCGUAGCCCCUGUUAAAAAGGGUGCUUUGUGGGCUUAGGGCUGCAGCCCCCGUUGCCAUGUCAGGCAGGCAUCUGAAGAUAAGAUCUGUUGACAGGGAGUGGUGUCUGCAGGAGACAUGCAUAUGGGAAACAUUGACAGAAUUUAAGUCAGAGUUGGGCAGAUCCGUCAGGCAGUGUAGAGACGUCAGAAGGCCUUGGAGCUAACCUGCUCACUCCGUGUUGAGGCCAUCAGAAGGCAUGCUUUGGGUGCUCCCCUGUGCUAGGGGCUGCUGGAGAUGGCGUGUGAGAUCAUGGUGCAGGAUUUUCUUCUGGUUUGAAGUGUGGGAUUGCGUGAGGGCAUCACUGGGGCAGUGUAGAGGGGCAGGUGCUGGUUGAAAUGGCUGAGAGGGUGUGAGGAAGGGAGGGUGAAGAUGAAGAGCCUCCACGCUGCUUGUCACUCGGCAGGGAGAACGGAAGAGAAUGUGGGCUGUUUUGAGGUUCUCUAGACAGAGCUAACAUGAUGUAUACUUGCACCUGCAUGUAGGCUGACACGUGUUUACAUGUAUGAGGGUGCACAAAGGUCCAUGGAGUAAUGGAACGAAAGGGUCAGCUCUCCAUGUUGCAAGAAAAAAUAGACCAUUUGGAGCGGUUGCUAGCUGAAAAUAAUGAGAUCAUCUCCAACAUUAGAGACUCGGUCAUCAAUCUGAGUGAGUCCGUGGAUGAUGGUUCGAAAAGUUCGCAAGGCAAUUUCAGCCAGGGUGCUGGCCCUCAUCUUCUGCCUCCACAGCUACCCCUUCAGUCCCACCCUGCAGACUGUCUCUUUGCUUCCCGGAGCGGAAGGCAGCAUCCAGAUGUGCAGAUGCUGGAUGUGUACAGCCUCGUUCCUUUCGACAAUCCGGACGGUGGAGUUUGGAAGCAAGGGUUUGAUAUUACCUAUCAGAAUGACGAGUGGGAUGCCGAGCCCCUGCAGGUCUUUGUGGUGCCUCAUUCUCACAAUGACGCAGGUUGGUUGAAGACUUUCAACGACUACUUUAGAGACAAGACUCAGUAUAUUUUUAAUAAUAUGGUCCUAAAGCUGAAAGAAGACUCCGGUAGGAAAUUCAUAUGGUCUGAAAUCUCCUACUUUUCAAAGUGGUGGGACAUGAUCGAUACGCAGAAGAAGGAUGUUGUUAAAAGUUUACUAGAAAAUGGCCAACUUGAAAUGGUGACAGGUGGCUGGGUUAUGACUGAUGAAGCUACUUCUCAUUACUUUGCCAUGAUUGACCAACUAAUUGAAGGAAACCAGUGGCUGGAAAAGCAUGUAGGAGUGAAGCCUCGGUCUGGCUGGGCUGUGGAUCCUUUUGGACAUUCCCCGACAAUGGCCUACCUUCUGAAACGUGCAGGGUUUUCACACAUGCUCAUCCAGAGGAUACAUUAUGUAGUGAAAAGACACUUUUCAAGACAAAAAACGUUGGAGUUUUUUUGGAGACAGAACUGGGAUCUGGGAUCCGACACAGAUAUUUUUUGCCACAUGAUGCCCUUCUACAGCUAUGACAUCCCUCACACCUGCGGACCUGAUCCUAAAAUAUGCUGUCAGUUUGAUUUUUAUCGGCUUCCUGGAGGAAGAUACGCUUGUCCCUGGGGAGUAGCUCCAGAACCAAUUACUCGUGCAAAUGUCCAAAGCAGGGCUUGGAUGCUUCUAGAUCAGUACCGAAAGAAGUCGAAGCUUUACCGCACUAAAGUACUCCUGGUCCCCCUGGGAGACGAUUUUCGUUUCUCUGAAUAUGCAGAGUGGGAUGCACAGCUCAAGAAUUAUGAGCAGCUUUUUAAGUUUAUGAAUUCUCAGCCUAAGUUUAACAUAAAGAUACAAUUUGGAACUGUAUCCGAUUAUUUUGAUGCCCUGGAUAAAGCAGCUGCCGCUGAGAGUAGCAAUGGUCAAUCACUGUUUCCUGUUGUAAGUGGAGAUUUUUUCACCUAUGCCGACCGGGAUGAUCAUUACUGGAGCGGCUACUUCACAUCUAGACCUUUUUACAAAUGGCUGGAUAGAGUCAUGGAAUCCCAGCUACGGGCUGCUGAAAUUCUUUACUAUCUCGCCCUGAAGCAAGCUCAGAAAUACAAGAUCAAAAAUUUUCUUUCAUCUUCGCAUUACACGGCACUGACAGAAGCCAGAAGGAACUUGGGGCUGUUUCAGCAUCAUGACGCUAUCACCGGAACUGCCAAAGACUGGGUGAUGGUGGACUAUGGUACCAGACUCUUUCAUUCGUUGAUGCUUUUGGAGAAGGUCAUCGGAAGUUCUGCCUUUCUUCUCAUUCUGAGGGACAAACACAUGUAUGACUCCUAUUCUCUGGAUUCCUUCUUAGAGAUGGAUCUGAAACAAAAAUCACAGGAUUCUCUGCCUCGAAAAAAUAUAAUCGAAGUGAGUUCAGAGCCAAGGUACCUCGUGCUCUUUAAUCCUUUGGAGCAAGACCGUAGCACAGUGGUCUCUGUCUACGUGAGUUCUCCCAAGGCACAGGUGCAGUCCCCUUCAGGAGAAACCUUGGAGGUCCAAGUCAGUGCCGUGUGGGAUGCGGAGCAGGCUGUGUCGCAGACCGCCUAUGAGAUUUCUUUCAUAGCACACAUGCCAGCACUGGGACUGAAAGUGUAUAAGAUUCUGGAAUCAGAGGGCUCAAGCCCACGGUUGGCCGAGUACACCCUGUAUAAUGGUGCAGCAAAAGACAAGAGCAUUUUCAAGAUGAAGAAUGUAAUAAAUGCUGAAGAAGCUAUAACCAUUGAGAACUCCUUUCUCACGCUUUGGUUUGAUCAAUCUGGACUUAUGAAGAAAAUAGUGACUAAAGAAGAUGGCCAACACCUUGAUGUGAAUCUACAGUUUUCAUGGUAUGGUACUACAAACAAGAGAGACAAAAGUGGUGCCUACCUCUUCUUACCGGAUGGCAGUGCCAAGACUUACAUUUUUGCAAAACCACCCUUGGUGAUGGUGACACGUGGAAGGAUGUAUUCGGAAGUGUCUUGCUUUUUGGACCACAUCACCCAUCGAGUCCGCCUCUACCACAUCCAAGGAAUAGAAGGACAGUCUGUGGAAGUUUCCAAUAUCGUGGACAUCCGAAAUACAUUUAACCGGGAGAUAGCCAUGAGAAUUUCUUCUGAAAUCAAUAGCCAAGAUAAAUUUUAUACUGACCUAAAUGGAUACCAGAUCCAACCGAGGACGACAAUGAGCAAGUUGCCUAUUCAAGCGAAUGUGUACCCCAUGACCACCAUGGCCUACAUCCAGGAUACCAAGAAUCGCUUGACGCUGCUGUCGGCUCAGUCCUUGGGUGUCUCCAGUUUGAGUAGUGGUCAGAUUGAAGUCAUCAUGGAUCGAAGACUCAUGCAAGAUGAUAAUCGUGGCCUGGGGCAAGGCGUCCGGGAUAACAAGAUCACUGCUAAUCUGUUCCGAAUACUGCUGGAAAAAAGAAGUGAUGUUAACCUGGAAGAAGAGAAGAAUCCCGUGAGCUAUCCCUCCCUCGUCAGCCACCUGACUUCUUUGUUCCUGAAUCAUCCUGUCUUUCCCAUGAUGGAGAAGAUGUCAGCCAGCUCCAAGCUCCUGGGUGAAUUCACCCCGCUCGCCUCGCCUCUGCCGUGUGACAUCCACCUGGUUAACCUGAGGACCAUUCAGGCCAAGGUGGGCAACGGCUACUCUGACGAGGCAGCCUUGAUCCUGCACAGGAAAGGCUUUGACUGUCGGUUUCCCAGUAGAAACACAGGGCUGUUUUGCUCUACCACUCAGGGAAAGAUCUCGGUACAUAAACUUUUUACCAAGUUUACUGUUGAAAGCCUCACAGCUUCAUCGUUAUCAUUGAUGCAUUCUCCUACAGACGCCCAGAACAUAAGUGAGAUCAACUUGAGUCCCAUGGAAAUCAGUACAUUUCGCAUCCGUUUGAGGUGAACGUGACUUGUAGAUCUGGCUUGGGAACUGCUGGCUUUUCUACCUGUCUAGGUUUGACGUGCAAUAAGGAAGCACAUGAUUUUAGCUUCUGGCUACGCUGAGAACAUGAUUCUGUAAUUUAACAACAAAUAGGACAGAAAGAAAAGCGAGAAAGCCAUGCUAUGACCCAGGUCUCUUCAAGCUCCUCCUGCGGAUCUGCCAUCGCUAGGAAUGGAUGCGAGAAGCGAAGAAGUAUUUAAAGACAACCUCUCAACAGCUCAUAACUCAGGUUAAAUGCUCACUAAUUCUGUCUGUGUUGGGGGUUGUGAAGAGAUUUAUAUCUGUAUUUGUAUUGCUGAUCCUUUUUCGGUUGUAAAGGAACACCUGUUUGACCAAAACGGAGUUGAAAAAAGCAAAAGCAACUGAUGGGUAAUAGCUAAUGGCCAAAAUGGUUACAAUUAUUCGUACACAUUAGAGAAACUUGUGUGUGUUGAAAUAUGUGGAAAGUGCAAUCCCUUGGCCCUUAUUAUAAACAUAGCUGAUUUUCACACCCUUUUUUAUAUGACCCUCUCAACCCUCCCCUGCCCUCCCUUUGUAAGGAUUUCCAGAAAUACCUGAUUUUGAAUCAUGCAGCAGUAGAAAAAGAAGCAUAUUUUCAUUACUUGACAAUGUGGGAUAGGUGCAAGUUAUUCCAUUGUCACUGAGAUAGAAGAAGCAAUUCCAUAGGUACCAUAAACCUAUUUUGGGUACCUGCAAGGUGUCUUUUUACACAGCUCAUUUGAAUACAGGUGUUCUGAGAUGGGGUUUUCUAUUUUAAAAUUACCAUAUCAAAAUAAAUGUGCCUUAUUUUUUUAUAAGUCUUGUUAAAUCUUUUGGUGUCCAUAUUACUGUCAGGGGAGGGAGGACACUGGGGGGAAGGGGCGUGGGUACUUCUUACGGCACAUAAAUUAUGUGAUUUUUGCCUGACAAUACCGGCCACCUUCUGAUCUGUUUCAUUCCAUUUGGGGUGAUGUCACUUGAUGUUACUCUUAAAUUUUUUGACUAUUUGAAUGUACUAAGAUGUCAGAUAACAAAAUAGGGAAGGAAAAUGUUGUUCUUUACAAUAUGCUGCUGCCAAGGAAGCUGCAACUUGAAGCGUGGAUUUUGUGACACGCAAAAUUCAGAUGUUUCCGUUUCCCAGUAGUUCAUCAUGUUGAAGAGAGAAUGCUUUAAGAUAAACCUUAUUUGGAAACCCACAUCUAUGUAGCUCAUCGUGACUUAUCAAAGAAUGUUUGUGCAGCUGAUUGCAAACUCUUGUUUAUGUUAACCUCAAAGCGACGUUCCAAGCCCAUGUGCCAUUACAGAACUUUGAAUAAAGUGUAUUUGGGAAUCACUGUUUCCUUAAUUUUAAAAUAGCAGCAACAUUUAGUUCCCACACAGGAAGGACUCUUCGGGUAUUCACAAAGUUUUACCAAUUCUGACUUUAAACUUCUGUUGACUUGUCUUCGUGGAAACCCGAAAGCCAGACUUCUGUCUUCCCAUGUCUCUGGAUUUUCAGUCAAGAUGUAGCUCCUAAGAUUAUGGUUACUAUGAUGAAUUCUUACCUCCUUCGCCUUUAAGAAUUAAGGAAACAGUACCAGUGUUGAUAAAGAUACUGUGGAGAGGCUUAAUUUUCCUGCAAUAAACUCACAUUGUACGUUUCCUUCCUUGCUUUUUUUUUGAGAGUCAACAGCUGAAAAAAAAAAUGCUUCCUUUUUGUGGACAUCUGCAGGCGAUAAGGUCGUCAGAAGCAAAUCCCAGGAACAAGAUCAGUGUUGUCAAGCCUCCCAGGGGAGUUCACUGUGUCCUGUGGUUAAGUGGGUGUGCUUGCUUAAUCACUCUGGAAAUUCUGAUCAAAUGAGAUACAGACCUGUUGCAAUAACGGUGGCUCUGCCACUUCCAGUUGUUAGAGAAAGGUCUGUCCUGUGUCUGUCGGAGUUUUAUUCCCUGUGUGUUGCCACCAGCUGCUCCCAGGUAAAGCAGAAAUUCACCAUAACCAGCAAGUUUCUGCAUUUCAGAGUUACUUUUAGAAUAAAUCAUCAGGGAAAUUAAAAAAAAAAAAAGAUGCUUUCAUUUGGGUGUGGUCAAGAAUUCAGUACAUCAUUUCGUGUCACUGGCACACAUUGGUACUGAUCUCCGUGGCGUGCUUGAUUUUAUUGCAUUUUCUAGCACGAUUAUUCGGUUGGCUAAGUAGCUCUUUCAUUUCUCUCUGACUCUGUCUCACUCUUUCCUCUUCUCUUCUCCUCUGCCUCUCAGUUUCUGCCUUUCUCUUCUCCCCCUCUCCCCUGCUUUGGAAAUUUUAAUUUGGGGUUAUAACAAGUCUUCAAGAUCUGAUCAUCUUUGUUUUCUAUAAAUAAAUGAUUAAACACUGUAAAAUGUGUUGUAAAACAUUGUAAUUAUCUUCCUGGAUUUUGUUGUUGUUGUUGUUGUUGUUAUUGUUGUUGUUAUAGCUGUGCCGAAAUAUUUUCAUAUUCCUUUGAAAAACAAAAGUUUGGUUUCAUUUUGAUUGUUUUCUCACCUUGGAAUCAACAGGUUUUGAUAUUUUCUCUUGGAAGAUUUUAUAUCUUUUUGGGAUUAUGUAAUAUAAGAUCUCUAAUAAAAGAUAAUCUCAUC